AAGUGUCCUAAGAAGAGUAGGACUUGAGCAGAAUCUUAAAAGGAUGGGGUUAGUUUACUGAGCUGAGUAUUAGAGACCCAGAAAGCGUGCCUUCCUCCUCACCGUGCAGAAUGAGUUACUUCAUCCCUUCUGAGCUCAUUCUCAGCAUGUGAAGAGGAUAAAAUUAGAAGUGUAUUUGUUUGUCCUUUCUCAGAGAAUAUGCUGGCAAUGUUGUCUUUUGGAUCUUGGAGCAUUUCCAGAGCCUGAUAGGAUUUAGGACAGAGGAGAUGGGUGUCUGGAGUGGGAUGUUGGAAGGAAAGUGAAUAAACUUAAUUGAGAAUGUCUGAAAACCCUGACAAGCCCAAUACAAAUGAAGCAGGAGAAUCAAAAUCAAGUGAUUCUGAACAAGGCCUUGAAGAUGCUGUGGAAGGUUCUGAUGAAGCUUUACAGAAAAAUAUAAAGUCGGGCUCUCCCAGCACCCAAAGAAUGCAAAGACCUCACUCUAGUCCUCCUCGAUUUGUGACAGUAGAAGAACUUCUAGAUACAGCGAAAGGAGUUGCUAACAUGGCUCUAGCCCAUGAAAUUGUAGUAAAUGGAGACUUUCGGAUUAAACCAGUUGAAUUACCAGAAGACAGCUUGGAGAAGAGAGUAAAGGAUAUUGUACAUAAAGCUUUUUGGGACUGCUUGAGUGUCCAGCUAAGUGAAGACCCCCCAACAUAUGACCAUGCCAUCAAACUUGUCGGAGAAAUCAAAGAGACUCUCUUAUCUUUCUUGCUGCCUGGUCACAGUAGACUGAGAAACCAGAUAAUGGAAGUCUUAGAUCUGGAUCUGAUCAAGCAAGAAGCAGAGAAUGGGGCCUUAGACAUUUCCAAGCUGGCAGAAUUCAUUAUUGGCAUGAUGGGGACAGUGUGUGCACCUGCUAGAGAUGAAGAAGUUAAGAAACUAAAGGAUAUUAAGGAAAUAGUGCCCCUUUUCAGGGCAAUUUUUUCCGUGUUGGACCUGAUGAAAGUGGACAUGGCGAACUUUGCUGUCACUAGCAUUAGGCCACAUCUCAUGCAGCAGUCAGUUGAAUACGAAAGGAAGAAGUUUCAGCAGCUUUUGGAGAAGCAGCCAAAUUCCCUGGACUUUGUCACCCAGUGGCUGGAAGAGGCCGCAGAUGACCUUAUGAAUCAGAAGUAUAAAAAUGCCCUGCCAGCUGAGGGAGGGGCCGCUGACUCUGGAGACAGUCCCAUGACAAAUCCUGUGGCUGUCCAGAAUUAUGCAUACCUGAAGCUUCUGAAAUGGGACCACCUCCAGAGACCUUUCCCUGAAACAGUUUUGAUGGACCAGGCUCGCUUCCAAGAACUCCAGCUCCAGCUAGAGCAACUGACCAUCCUGGGAGCUGUGUUGCUGGUGACGUUCAGCAUGGCAGCCCCAGGAAUUUCCAGCCAGGCUGACUUUGCUGAGAAACUCAAGACGAUUGUGAAGAUUCUGCUGACAGAUGCACACCUGCCCUCCUUCCAUCUGAAGGAUGCCCUGACUACCAUUGGGGAGAAAGUCUGCCUGGAGGUGAGCAGCUGCCUUGCCCUGUGUGGGCUCACUCCCUUUACCACGGAAAAGGAGACUGUGCUCAAGGGCCAGAUCCAGGCUGUGGCUAGUCCCGACGACCCCAUCCGCAGGAUCAUCGAUUCCCGAAUCCUGAUCUUUUUAGAAAGCUACCUUGCCUCAGGUCAUCAGAAGCCAUUGCCUACGGUACCUGGGGGAUUGGGUCCGGUUCAGAAAGAGCUGGAGGAAGUUGCUGUUAAAUUUGUCCGCCUGGUCAACUAUAACAAGAUGGUCUUCAGUCCCUACUAUGAUGCCAUCCUCAGUAAGAUCCUUGUCAGACCCUAACACGUACGUGCGCUACAGUAGCAGUAUUAGCCUCUUGAUACAGAAUACCUGUUCUCAACUAUAACGUUGCUUUGGAAAAUGGCUAUUUAGUACAUGUCUGUGUAACAUCACUGAUUCCAAAAGGAAGAGUAUUGUGUAUCACUGUUGAAAAGAGCUGUUGAAAAACGCACUGAAUUCAAUUCUAUUUUGCAGGUUUGUAUUUAUGAGUGCAAGUUUACAAAUCAAGAAGCUUCUUGUUAUCUUGAGUCUCCUAGGUAGCACUUGGCUUUUACACGGUGAACUGCUGUGUGUCCACCCGCACUGUGUCCUGAUUGUAGCUGCCUUGUCUCUCCCAGGAGGCUGGGGCCUCUCUCCUGCUAUCCGGGUAGUUUUUCUUUCAGACCCCUCAGAGGAUCUGCCAGCCACCCAAGAAUGAGACACCGAGCCAUGACCGUGUUGAGACUCUCCCCCUUCACUGGCACAGACCCCCAGUCCUCCCCCAGCUAUUUUGUGUUAGAAGGGCUAUAUAUAGUUUUUCCGCCUCCCCACCCCCCCCUCCACCCCCCCCACCCCUCCCAUUUAUUGUUUUCUCCCUCCUGGUCUAGCCAGCGCCCCAGAGCCCUUUUGUUCUAGAGGAGAAUUAAUUGAUUUUAAAAAGCUUAUUCUUUUAUACAGAAUUAUUCCUGAGCCUGGAUGAUAGCAGUUAGGACUUACAGAAUCCAGAGAAAGGAAAUUCUUUGACUUUUAAGGUUUGAAAGUUAAGGAGGAACUAUUUUUUUAAACAAUAUAUAUGUUGGUGUCAUGUAAAAGAAGACAAAUGUCUGGAGUUUUUACUGAAACGUUCACUCAUACAAUACGCAGAUGUAUUGAUUGGAUUUGAAUUUCAGAAAUGGAUUUAAGUGUUUUCAGAUAAAAUAGCGUAGUAUAAGCUCACUUAUUUCUAUGAUAAGGAAGUCAUGGAAAAUCCCUGGUUUUUGGGCAGUAUUUUUUGAGGAACUUCAGGGACCAGAAUUCCUGACCUAUCCUGUGACUGAAAGGGUAGCUGGGGUCUCACAGAUGACCCGCUCUGUUCAAAAAAUAAAAAUGAAAGGUGUGUGUGUGUGUGUGUGUGUGUGUGUGUGUGUGUGUGUGUGUGUUUUAGACAGGGAUGUUAUGUUAGAAGCAGAGCCAUGAAGCUGGAGUGAACUCCCAAGAGCUGGAACAGCAAAAAGCAAAAUGAUGCCAGGAAUCCCUUCAAGCUGCUGAGGGGUAGGGUGGGACGGGAGGCAGGUGGGGCAGCCACCAGAGGAACCUUCACUCUGUGAGAGCUGUCACGUGUACAAGCUUCAGGAGAGGGAAUGGUUAUGCCGGGGGUGGGGAAUGUGAUUUCUCCAGAUACGUGCUACAAACUGUGUUCUAAUGAUGUGUUUUACUUGCAGUCAGAAAUGUAUGCUGUGUUAUGUGGUCAGAAGUCAUAUUAUUAAAGUUAAUACUCAAGGACAAAUCUUCCGUGGUUUCGUUGGAAGGGAAUAAAAGUUCAGUAAGUAGAACUUUUAAAGAACAAAACCACAGUCUUUUAUAGUGUCUUCAAUGAGGUCCUUUCUGGAAUUGUUUCCAGAGGUAAGGUUGCUUAUUGGUCGUAUGGUAUCCCCAGGCUGAGAAGCCCAAGCACUCUUUUAAAGUUGGCUACACGCCCAACAUGAGGCUUGAACUCACAACCUCGAGGCUGGGCUUGAACUCACAACCUUGAGAUCAGUAGUCCCAUGCUCUACGGACUGAGCCACCAGGCACCCUCCCCUACCUCAGCACUCUUUUGCCUGCCUCAGCCUCAGAGUGUUUGGGGUUUUGUCCCUCCUGAUCCAAGGAUGAAGGAGAGGAGCUUUACCCUGAAAUAUAUGGGGUGGAUCAGCACUCCUAUAGUCAUUCUUCCCAAAUCUUAAAAAUUCUUUUUGCCUUCUUUUAUAGGGGUUAAUUGUUUACAAGAUUUUUUUCUUUCCCCUAAUGUGUUCCUAAAUCGACAAAGUUAAGUUUGGACCAUUUGAAAUCUUGAUGCAUAUAUUACAGGGACCUGCACAGACUCUCAUGCCCCCUGCUACCUUAGUGUCCACUGGUGGAGUUCUCUAAAUGGCAAAGCCAAGAAUGACGGAGGCAAAGUUCUGAAUCACAAUAUUCAUAUUGAGUUGUGUUGUCGCUCUUUGAAGAUAAGUGAGCUACUUUCUUAUUGGAAUCUCACAGGAUUAUCACUAAGGGCCAGGAAAAUCCAUUUAGUUCAUUUAGUCACUCAGGAAAUGUUUUAUUGAGCAUCUCCUUGUAAUUCCUCCCUACAGCUCUCCCUCCAAGAUAUGUACCCUUUGGAGGGGAAAUUAUCCUUCAGAAUUGAACCGGUUCUAUAUAAUGCAGUCUGAUUGGAUUUGACUUGAUUUUCUAACAGGUUUGUGGACACAAGCAUCUUUUAUGAAAGUGCUAAGUUUAUUUGGCUGUAGUACUUUACCAUGGAUAGACUGAGCGCCUUGAGAGUUAGGUCCAUUACAGACAGCAAGGCUGUUAGAUUUAUUUGAUGGUCUCAUGAAUGAAUGAAUGUCUAGAACAGUAAUUGCUACUUUGUCAGCCCUUGGCUGGGUGGGUGGGUGGAUGGAUUCCCAGUUUAGAUGUUUUUUGAAAAUCUCAUUACUUUUAAAGCAAGCUGUAUAAUGUGAUUGUUCAUGUAACCAUAUAACCUAACUAUAAAUAUACUUCGGUAAGGAUGUCUCACUGAUUAAAUACAGUAGGCAGGUGCGUAAGAGCUUUUUUGUCUGAAGAAAAAUUAUUAAUAAGUCUGACGUACUAGGUGUGUGCACAUACGUGUGCCAGUUCUAAAUGGAUUUUUUAGCAGUUCUGUUUUUGUGGAGGUGCUUGUGUUCAUUUCUCUAAAACCUUAAGAUUUCUGGGCAUAGAGAGGGGCGGCUGCCACCACCUUUCCUGCUGCUGAGUUUCAGGGGGAGUAGGUGUUUGCUGUUGACAUCCAGUGACCUUUGGCAUGCACCAGUUUGUAUGUGCAAAACAUUUGUAUUUCUUUUAAUUUUGAGGCAGGGUGGCAGAGUGGAAAGACUGGGAGCUGUCAGGAAACCAGAGUUGUGACUCCAUUUCUGUUAGGUCCUGAUUUGUCCCACUUAGUACCUAUUUCUGGCACAUGUAAAAUGAAAGGACUAGACUUGAUCUUUAAACUGCUUUCCAAUCCUGACCUUCUGUGAUCUGUCUUACUUGAGUAACUUAAGUAUACUGCAGUAGGAUUGUGCACAAAGCUUCUGACUGAGGGGAAGAUCUGGGCUGGAGUCCUUCCUCUCUUGCCUUCUUACUGGUUGUGUGAUACUGGGCCAGUCAUUGUCCCUUGGGCCUCAGCAUUUUCAUCUGUAGAAUGGGAAAAUGACUAACCCUUCCUGUGAGGAUUAAAUGUGAUAAUGGAUAUUAGAAUGCUUUGGACACGGAAAAGGACUAUAAAUUGCUUUGUUAACAAAGGAGAGCAUAUAACCCUCUGCCUGUAUUCGACUUUUGGCGCCCAGCCUCCCUGCAGUCAGCACAUUCUACAGGCCUGAGGGAAGGUUCUCCUCCCGGCCCAAGACUGAUACUUCCGUCAUCUCUUCUGUGGUAAAGCUACAGUCUUCCUUUUUCUCCUCUUGCAGCCUCCACCCCGGUAACUUCUCCCCAUCCUCUCCUCUGUAUUAUUUGAACUAAAUGAAUGCAUGAAUGAACAAAUGAAGGACGGUAGAUGAUGGGCUGUGAAACUCUUAUUUAAAGGCACGAUCUCAUUGAAAACAUAAUCUAAAUAAAGAACCACCAUGAUGUUUGCAAUUGUG